GCCCGCCCGUCAUAGGCGCCCGCGUUGGGGUACGCAGGGCUGUUAGCUGUUUGUGCAUAUUGUUGGCUGAAAGGGUUUUCCACAGUAUCAGAAGCGCAGGCCAAAUCAUGAUUACCUUUGUGCAGAAUGAGUAGAGUUUUAGGACACACUGCUAUCUUUUAAUACAAGUGGAGUGUUGGUAGUGUAACCAUGAGACAAUGCAAGUGGAGUGUUGGUAGUGUAGCCACAAGAUGAUACAUUAAGUGGAGUGUAGCCACAAGAUAAGAGGAGUGUCGGUGUAGUAGUCACGAGAUGAUACAUUAAGUGGAGUGUAGCCACAAGAUAAGAGGAGUGUGGGUGCAGUAGCAGUGUAGCAGCCUGUGACGGAGGCCGACUGCCGCACUUCCGGUGGAGAGCGAGGCGAGAGAGCCGUGAGGACGACGCUGACAGAAGUGUAUGCUGAUAGCAGUCUGUGCUGUCCAAUUUCCUGCUAACUCCGGCCACAAACAAAAUCCUUGCUAUAUUUACAUCGACUGUUGACAAAGGAAAAGGAUGUCUGCGGCGGAUGAAAGACAAAUAACUGCCUCACCACCACUGAAGAAACGCUCAACAAGACGAGGACUGGCCAGAAGUGUUGUGACUGAGAGUCAGACCACAGAGAAUACUCCCAAACAUGUCACACAAGUCUACUCUACAUGUGUCGAGAGACUUUUUUCAUGUAUAGAUAACAGUGGUCUACGAGUACCACUCAACUUGAAGAAUGAUUCCAAUAUACAGUCCGAUGCAGGUCUUCACCAGGAAGUGGGAAGGUGCCUUCAGUCACCAAGUGUAUUGCCAUCAUCACCAACAGUAGCAGAAUCACUAGCAGAGGCUGAGCUCGAGAAGGAAGAUAGCCUGCUGCAUGCUGAGCCUUCUAUAAUUGUUGAAGAUGGGCCACCAUCACCACCACCAUCUUCACAUCUGUCUAAACGGCACAAGUCCCUGACAAAGGGAAUCAAAACAGCACUAGAUACAUUGACUUCUGCAAAAGGUGAUUUGCUGAAGAACACAAUAGUCUCACCGAUUGUGGUGGAAGAAUCUCCAGUCAAAAGAAAGGAUUCAAUGAUUGUAAAAGUUCGUUACAUGUCUGAUGUCCACAGGUUUGAAAUGGCCUCGACUGAGCUUUUUCACAAGCUGCAGUCACAGAUGGCAUCUCUACUUUGUACAAGUGAGGAUCGGAUAGGACUAUAUCUUUAUGACACACGCAUUGGUCCUACAGAGACGCCACAAUCAAAAAGUUUAAAAUUAGCAGACAUUAUAGAAUGUCAUGUCUUGUGUCCUGGAAAGUUUGAUUCUGAAGCCGACAGUGUGCCGUCUGCUGAUACAGUUCGGAUUCUUAUGCAGUGCCCUAAGAGUCGGAACAACUCGCAUCUCCUCAUCAAAAAGUACCAGCCAUUCCGGGUCAUGAUGGAGCAAUAUGCGCAGCAACGAGGGAAGGUCCUGGAUGCAUUCAAAUUUAAGUUUGAUGGGGAUGCUUUGGACCCAGAUGCCUUGCCAAUGGAUAUGGACCUUGAAGAUGGAGACACUAUUGAUGUUAUUGAGCUGGUUUAAAAAUAUUUUACCUGCUUACAUGUGCCCGCUAGUGAGAGAAGCUCAUUUUGUCAGGACAGUUGGUGGUGGUAUUCCUUACCUGACUGACCAGUGCUCACAGAAGUGAUGUGGAAGAAAAUAACUGCAGUACGAGUGAAGAGCUGUAGUUUUGUGUUUUCUGAUAUUUGCAUACGGGCAACAUACUGAACAAGGAUACAAAUGUCUCUUUGCAAAUAGCUGUGGCGUUAAUAGUUACACUAUUUGCAGGCAUUCAGAUAUGUUUGGUCUGAAGACUGAAACAAGAUGAUUCUUAUUUUCUAAAUGUGAGAACAGAAAAAGAAACCCGAGUGUUGCCCAGGUUUGUGCCAGCAAAAUGUUCUUUUGUCACAAAUGGUUUAACUAAUAAGAAUCAAGCAUGUCAUGAUGCAGUUUAUUUAUGGUUUACAGCCAUUUUCUAUAUGUUUUUAACACUGAUCUAAAAUUUAGAUCAAUUCAUGGUCACAAUCAUGAUAUAGGAAGGCAUUGACAGCAGUUGUGUAUCAAUGGUCAAAUUUCAAACCACCAAUACUUAAGGCCUGAGGAAUGUUGAGAGCACAAUGUAAGGCUACACAAGUGGUUCAGGCUUUUCUUUUCUUUGUAUGUGGCUGCCAUCUGGUGACAUUAUUUGGCAGGGCACACUUUGUGUAUGUUUCUUGAUAGUGUCAUUUCCCCACCAUAUAUUUGUCACUCAGGAGACUCGAUCAACACUUCAUUUUGUCCAUUUACAUCCCUUGCUCAAACAUACAUCCCUACUUUCUUGUCAGCAUGUAGAACUUAAAGUAGCUCUAGAAUUGAAGGCAGCAGUAGCCUAGGACUAGGUUGACAUUGACUGUGAUCAACUUUAUUUGUCCCAGUGGGCAAUUUGAACAUGGAAUCAAAAGGCUGUGCUUUGCUGUGCUGUGCUGGCUAGUGAAAAUAGCUGGUACCUUGUGCGGCAUUCAACUGAUGCAGAGGACAAGGACAACAGCUGUCAGUUCUGUAGUCAAGGCAUGUUAUUUCCAUAUCCGCACUCUUGGAUGACUCCGACCCAGUCUUAAUAAGAAGACUGCAAAUGCAGUUGCUGUGUCCCUCAUCGGUUCUAAAUUAGACUAUG